AGCAGAGCCGAAAUACCUGAGCGAGCGAGCGAACCGGGCAGCCUUCCAAGAGAAGCCCAUCUCUCUGUAUAUUUGCCGUGUACUUUUUCACCCCUCCUCGCGAUCUCGCCCCAAGUUCCACGUUCUUUUUUUUGGGGGGGGGAAGGGAAGGGGGGGAUACCCAAACACACACCGAUGACCUUAUAAAGUCACGGGCAGGCGAGCCUCUCGAUUCCUGUCCUCCCCCCCGCCCCUCUUCCCGUUUUGACACGAGCAAGGAACACUUCCUGCCCGGGGGCACCGCGUGGGAAACGCGCUUCUCUUUUCCUCCAGGUUGAGCAGACCCGCGCAGCUGGCAGGCGAGCGAAGCGGCGGCGCCAACGGGGCUCCGGCAGCAGCGUUGAGUCGCCUCCUUCUCCGCGGCUCGCAGGGGAGGAUCCGCCCGCUCGCCCGCGCCCGGGGCAGCCCCGUUGGCAACGCCUUGAAGGCAGCUACCCCGAAUAGUCGGAGGGAAAGGCGCGCCUUCAGUUCAGCCCGCCAAAGGGCUGGAGCCGAAACUUUUACAGAUCUCUCAGAAGUUUGCAGAAGAAACCUGACUGGGCUAAUAUUGGAUCCUGCACAAUUGCCUCCUCUUACAAGCCAGAGGAAAGAUGGCACCCACCUUGCAUCAGGCAUACCGGCGACGCUGGUGGAUGGCCUGUACUGCGGUGGUGGAAAAUCUCUUUUUCUCUGCUGUUUUGCUGGGCUGGGGCUCCUUACUCAUUAUGCUCAAACUUGAAGGCUUCUACUCCCAUAUGUGCACAGAGAAGAAUAACACCAAUGUUUCACCUGUGGCUAAUGUAACCCAUCCCUUCAGUUGUGUGGAACAGGAAGAAAUGCUUACUCUGGGUUUCACCAUUGGCUCCUUUCUCUUGAGUGCGGCUACUUUGCCUCUUGGCAUCCUGAUGGACCGACUUGGACCCAGGCCUCUUCGCCUAGUUGGCAGUGCCAGCUUUGCUCUCUCCUGUGCUCUCAUGGCUCUGGCUGCCCACAACCCGUUAGUUCUUUCUCCAUUGAUUUUUCUUGGCCUUUCCUUAAAUGGUUUUGGUGGAAUCUGCCUGACCUUCACCUCCUUAACUCUGCCCAACAUGUUUGGAAACUUGCGUUCUACUUUCAUGGCACUCUUGAUUGGCUCUUAUGCUUCUUCUGCUGUUACUUUUCCUGGAGUUAAGCUGAUCUAUGAUGCAGGAGUUUCCUUCAUCGUUAUCAUGCUUGUCUGGUCAGGCCUGGCUUGCCUCAUCUUCCUCAACUGCAUGGUCAACUGGCCUAAGGAGUCCUUCCCAGCUCCAGAAGAGGCCAAUUAUACGAAGAAGAUCAAACUGAGCAGCCUAGCUCUAGAUCACAAGGUGACUGGUGACCGAUUCUACAUGCAUGUGACGGCUGUGGGGCAGCGGCUAAGUCAGAGGGAGCCACAGCUGAAGGGGGGCAAAGAGGCACUCUACCCAUCAGUGCAGGACCUCUGCCAAGGACCCACCAAAUCUGCCCAGCGCUCCAUCCCCUUCUGCCACAGUGUCUGUUCUCCCAUCUUUCUGUGGAGCCUCAUCAUAAUGGGAAUCACCCAGUUGCGAAUCAUCUUCUAUAUGGCAGCCAUGAACAAGAUGCUGGAGUUCCAAGUGACGGGUGGCGUGGACCUGGUGCCAAAAGAAUUGGAGGAUAAAGCCGAGAAAACAGUCAGUUUCUACUCUUCCAUCUUUGGUGUCAUGCAAUUGUUAUGUCUUCUCACUUGUCCCUUCAUUGGCUAUGUGAUGGACUGGCACAUAAAGGAUUGUGUGGAUGCACCAGGAAAUAUAAACCGUGCUGGAUCUAUCAAUCCUGAGGUGAAAGGAAUUCCACCUAAAGUCCGCUACCUUAAGAUCCAGAAGCUCACCAAUGCUAUCCGAGCUUUUGUCACCACCAACCUUCUGUUGGUUGGAUUUGGUGUCACCUGUUUGAUCAACAACCUUCCUCUGCAGUUUGUGACCUUCAUUCUUCACACCAUGGUGCGCGGCUUUUUCCAUUCUGCCUGUGGAAGUCUCUAUGCUGCUGUGUAUCCUUCCAAUCACUUUGGUACAUUGACCGGACUCCAGUCUUUGAUCAGUGCCGUAUUUGCUCUCCUCCAACAGCCACUUUUCAUGACUAUGGUGGGGCCAUUACACGGGGAUCCCUUCUGGGUGAAUCUUGCCCUCCUUAUCUUCUCAUUUAUGGGCUUCCUGCUCCCCUGCUACCUCUUCUACUACCGCUACAAACUGAUCCGGAAGCAAAUGGCCAAAGAUGAUGCUCAUAUGAAAUUCCAGGACAAUGCAGCUGCCAAUGGCUUGCUGAACAACGAAGCCACCUCUUUAUAAACCAGGCAUGGGGAAAGUGGGGAGUUGUGGAUGAUGGAGAACAGAAUGCAGAAUUGGUGUACCUAACAGAUGGAGCAAGGCGCUGUGAGCAAAGGGAUGAGACAAUACUGUGAGAACAUUACAUUUGGGAACUAUGAAAAUAACUGAGGUGCUUUUAAUUCUCAACAAAUGCCUAUCUAUAUUUAUAUCUAUAUUUUUUAUAUAUAGAAACAAAACUCUAUUUUUUUGCAGGGUAUUUUAAAAAGCUCAGUGAUUUUUAAAUAGACAAUUAGAACAUCAGUCACUAAGCAUUGCAGACCAAGAAGCAUUUAUGAAAAGAUCUUGGAUGAAGAAUUGGCAGGAUGGAGUACCGCGUCUAACCUAUAGCACCUUAGGUUGCCCUUGCCAGUCAUAAUUUUCCAGGGUUGUUUGGCCCUGGUGGAAAUGGACUCUCACCACUUCCCUCCUCCCUGACUGAUAAUUAUGAUAGAGAAAAUCAGGGAGUGUCUGCAAAACCCCAGAAGUAAAUUGAAAGGGAUUAUUGUUUGCCAACAGUCCCAGGGAAUCCCUUGUGACUCGGUUCCCCUGGGUUUUGGCAACUAAUGUUGGGGUGUCAAAAAAUCUGAUGCCGUGUUAGAUCACUGCUUGGUAAUGAAUGCUGCAGGUUGUGCCUUAGCCCCCAAUCUUGUUUUGAGCUUUAUAAGACAAGCCACCUCCCCAUGAAUUGUCCCCCAGAGAUGAAUUUAAUGGCCUUUUGAGUGCUGUGAAUUUUUCCAGAUAUUGUUCUUUGAUCUGUCUUGAUUGCAAGUGUGACAAGGUUUGUAUACUACAGAAAUGUAGGGAGGCAUUGAUUUAACAAGACUUGUGUCAGAAGAAUAGAAGUGCCAAUUUUUCAUGACUGACUUUCUGCCUGGGCCCUUCCAAAAUAAAUUUUAAAAUCCUAGCAACUGGAUUUGCACCAGUAGAUCCCAGCCAAACUUUUUAUUUAUUUAUAUGGAAAUUGUGUUGCUGCCUUUCUAUUAAGAGCAGGCUGUGGUUUUUCUUAAACAAAAUAAAGCCAUACAGUAAUUCCAACGAUAAAAUUAAAUAAAUUUCUGUGCAACAUUAAAUCCAAUAAAUGUCUUAAAAACUAAAUAAGCCAACUGGCAACUGAGUGAUAAAAUGUAAAGUAGAUUAAAAAUAGAAAUGAUGGAAACAUGGUUCAAAAUGUUUUAUGAGGUACAUAAAGUAGGAUUUCACUGGACUGGGCUGACUCUUCCUUGGGAGUAAAUUUUAUAUAUAGGUAGUCCUCGACUUACGACCACAAUUGAGCCCAAUAUUUCUGUUGCUAAGUAAGAAAUUUGUUAAGUCAGUUUUGCCCCAUUUUAUGAUCUUUUUUGCCACAAUUUGUUAAUUGAAUCAUUGCAGUUGUUAAGUUAGUAACAGUUGUUAAGUGAAUCUGGCUUCCCCAUUGACUUUGCUUGUCAGAAGGUCACAAAAGGUGAUCACAUGACCCCAAGAUACUGCAACCGUCAUAAAUAUGAAUCAGUUGCCAAGUGUCUGACUUUGUGCUGUAACCGUCAUAAGUGUGAAAAAUGGUCCCAAAUCACUUUUUUUUGGUGUUGUAACUUCUAAUGGUCACUAAAUGAACUGUUGUAAGUCGAGGAUUACCUGUACUAGAACCAACUCUGAAAAUGUUUUAGGCCUACACAAAGAUACCUGCAAGUUUCCAUUCAAUGGUUGUGGCAUGAAAAAAAUGGAGGAGAAGGCAUUAUUGGUUGUGGUUGAUAAAUAUUCUAUUCCAAAACAACAGAGGAGAGAAGAUCGUUCACCCCAUUUUUACAACUCUGGCAACUUCAAUCUUAAAAGGUUAAAGUCAUCAACCUUCAGCUAAUGUAGCCAGGGCAAAUCGUAUUUGGCCUAUUUCUGCUAAAAGUCUGGCUGCCAUAUUCUGAAUCAGUGGAAUUUUUUGAAAUAGUUUCAAGGACUCUUCUCUGUAUAGCAUACUGCAGAAGCUAAGUGUGAAAAUUGCUAGAUGAGCAGCAUUUGGAAACGUUAUAGCACUUUCACUGAAUGGAUGCCAUAAUGGGACUUGCCUACUUGUGAAUGCCUACCCUGGUGGGCCUUGUAGUCACAAAACAUCCGUUUACUAGGAGACACACUGGUGAGAUUAUUUUAUAAUACUUCGCGCCCAGCAUUCCAACAUUGCUCAGUCUUUUUUUCUGGUGAGUUAGGAGUGUUUCCAAAAAAAUGAUGCUGAUCCUUCAUCAUUUUCUAAGAAUACCUAGGACCUUUUUCAGAAAUAUUCUUCUUUUUUUGGAAAUAAAUGUGAAACUAGAAUCUGA